AGUAGGGUGAAGAAGAAGAAGACAGAGUCAAGAAGGUUUCUCAUCUGUAGUCCACAGCUCCGAGCCUGAGCUCUUCUCCGAUCAAAUCUGAUCAAAAUUCCCGAGACAAGGCAAGCAUCUUCUAUGGAGUCAGAGACAGCGCAAGCAUCUCCAUUGACUCUACUGAGUGAUAUGGUCACAGAAGAGGUUAAGAACAAUCCAAAGUUUCAGGAAACAGCCCAAAAAAUUAUACAAAAUUAUGGAGACAGGCCUACCCUUAUGAUCAUUGCUAAAGCCUUAAAUCAUAUUGCAGAGGAGAAUGGAGAUGUUUGGACAUUAGGAAGAGCUUUGGAAGAAGUAGGCAGCCACUGCAACAUGGGCACAGCACCAGAGAGUAUAGCAAUAUUGUUGAUGCAGUGCGUGUUUGGAAUAUUUCCAAGACGGGACUCGGCAACGACAAAUUGUUGUUGGCAUAGCAGACAGUUUUUCCGCGAGGACAAGGGAAUCCAUUACAAUGCAUUGAUUACAAACUGGAUCUUGGAAGGAUGCUUUGACUCUAUCGAUCGUGUCAAGAACGCAUACUAUGAGGGGUAUCGAGUUCUAAUGAACCUUGUAGAGUGUGGCCUGCUCAAAAUAGAAGAAAAUCAAGAUAAUGCUGUUGUGGUGGAGAAACUGGUGCGUCGUGUCCCUGAUAAUCGAUAUGAUGGAUUCAUCUGGAAGCCUACUUUGGGGUUAAAUGGGGUAUAUGAUGCUGUAAGUUGCGCAUGUCUUGAAAGUGUUGGCCCUAUGGAUGGAAUGAUCAAAACAUGCGAUGAAGGAUGGGAAAAAAUUUUAGUGCUGUUGGUUGAUGGAGAUCAUCUCUGCCGAGAGGUUAUCGAAACGUAUUUUCAGUCCCUGGAAAAUCUCCAGGUUCUUGCCAUUUUCAGUCCUAGGAUCCAAUCACUGCCCAAAAGUUUAACCAAGUUGGAAAACCUUUGUUUUCUUGUGCUUAGAGAUUGUGAUCUGCUAGAGAAGAUUGACGGCCUCCAACAUCUUAAGGCAUUAACCGUUCUUGAGAUAUCUGAUGCUAAAAGCCUCAAGGACAUCCCAAAUGGUCUAUUUGAGAAUUUAUCCAAGCUCCGAAGCCUCAACUUAUCUGGAACUGGAAUUCAACAACUCCCUUCCUCCCUUUCAAACCUUCGUGAACUGCAAUCCAUCAACCUUCAGCGUUGUUGCUACCUAAAAUCGUUGCCGAUGUUGAGAAAACUCGAGAAGCUAGAGUUGCUUGAUGUUACAGGUGCAACCUCACUUGAAAGUUUUGCAGAUAAAAGCAUAGGAGCAGUUAAAGUUCUUCAACUGCUUGACCUUUCUCAAACUAUAGUUGGACAUAUUCCAUUUCUUAAGGAUCUUACACAGCUAUCUCGUGUAUCGUUAAGAGACUGUACAAAACUCAUCAGACUGCCGAGCCUUCGAGGUUUGAGUGGGCUCCAAGUUCUUGAUCUCUCUGGUGCUCUAAUGCUAAAUGUAAUUCAGGAUGACAUUUUCCCAGAAGUUAAUGACCUCAAAAUCCUUGACCUUUCUAGGACUGCAGUAAGUUGUUUACCUUCCAGCAUUCGUAACCUUUCCAAUCUCGAGCUGCUCAAUCUCUCUGAGACAUUAAACUUGGUUGAACUUGAAGAUGAUACCUUCAAAAAUAUGAAAUGCCUCCGUCACCUUGACCUCUCGAAAUCUCUGGUUGGGAACCUACCUUCCCUUUCCGACCUUGUGAACUUACGAGAGCUUAAACUACAAGAAUGCAAGCUUCAGAAGUUACCGAGUUUGAUUGCCCUCGGGAAACUUGAAGUCCUUGAUCUGUCAGGUUGUGUUUCUUUUGUGGCAUUUGAAGAUGAAUCCUUUGGCUCCAAGACCAGUCUUCGGCUCCUCAACCUAUCAGAAACUAUGAUUGAAAAAUUGCCUGCGCUAUCCGAUCUCGACAACCUCUCUCAACUCCUACUGUUAAACUGCAUCAAACUUACUAAACUUCCACGUCUAAGUUCUCCUAAACUUCAAGAGCUCAAUGUUUGUGAUGCAACAGAACUAGUAGAAUGGGAAGCUAAAUUGCCGGAUCAUAUGGAUCAAUUGAAGAUCCUCAACUUAUCAGGAACAAGACUAAUGUCCCCAACCUUGAACAAUUAUACCAACCUUAGAGAGCUUUCUCUGAGAGGCUGCAAAUUGCAGACAACGUUACAAUUGGAUAAUCUCACAAAGCUCGAGGUCUUGGAUUUGUCAAAGACGCGUAUCAAAUCUUUAUCGUCGAUCACAAGACUUUGUAACCUUAGACAACUUCUGCUCACGGAUUGUUCAGAGCUACAAGAGAUUCCUACUCUAGAACCACUUGCGAAUUUGGAGGCUCUUAGUUUGCAAGGGACAGGAAUCAGGAAGUUCCCUUGUCUAAUGGCCAAGUUGAAUCGACUAAUGCACCUCGACUUGCCAGACUCUGCAGACAAUCUCGAACUUGAUUGGACAGACAUAAAAUCGCUUCCUGGUGAGUUGAACUGGGAUCAAUGUGGUAUGCCUACUAAAUUUCAAAACGUUGAAAACAGGCCCUUCAUUAUUGUGAGAAAUGUGGAUUCUUUCAGAACUAUGAAGGAAAUACCUGACUUAUGGAACUUAUGCUUCAAGAAAUUUUUCAUCUCUGUAUGCCCUUCUUUAAAAGAGGGAGAGGAAGAUGGAGAAAUCUAUGUCCUUCAAGAUAGGAUUAACUUUAAAGAUAUCUACUUUCAUGUCAUAUCUUAUCAAGAUAAGUAUGCCCCAUUUCUGGAAAUCCGCAGAUUCAAGAGCUUUCCCACUGGUGUUGAAGACGCCCUUAUGCAAGUUGAAUAUGUUUCCUUAGUUGAAAAUGAAUUUAUAAAAAGCUUAUCUGAGUUGAGCAAUGUGAAUGCUUUGAAAGGCUGUUGGAUUUGGAGUUGUACCAACCUGGAGAAUCUAAUGCGAGACGAGGAUAACCUUAAGUCAUUGGAAUUUAAUCUACAGAUUCUAUGGAUAUCCAACCUUCCUGUUUUUAGGAGUGUGCAUUCUACUGGCUGCCAAUUCGAGAGUUUUAAAAAUCUCGUACAGUUGUAUAUAGAUUGUUGUCCAUUGCUCGAGACUCUGUUCAUUUCCUCUAAGCUUUCGAAGAGCCUUGAGAUUCUCCAUGUAAAAUUUUGUGAUAGAUUGCAGAGUCUGUAUAGAUGUGAAUCCAAAGAAGAGUGUACUUUAGAGAAGUUGCACGAGCUGACUCUGGUAGGAUUGCCUGAGUUGACCGACACUGGCCUUAAACUACCGUCCUUGAGAACUGCUUAUAUUGGGAACUGUCCUAAACUUGGAGUUAGAGACAAAAUACUUGAAAAAUUUGGACUGUCAAGUUCAGGAGUUGAAUGGGUCUUAGACUAAUGAGCAAUGGGAUGGAAACUGGGAGUAGGAUCUUUGUCAUUAAAGAAAUGUAAUUUCGAGAAACAAAGACAGUGAAGUAUCAUUUUACUGCCAGAACUUACAGUUCUGAUGAAGGUGGUGGAUCAUCAAUCAGUGAAGCACUUCAAUCUCCAUUAAGCCUGCUUCUGAUAGAUUUGUAAGGAAUGAGCAAAAAAAGAGAGCACAAAAAGAGUAGCUGUUAUGUAUUCUCUUCACCAAGGGAAGAGUUUCCUUCUGUAAUGUAGUAAACCUCAAUUAUAAAAUUGCAAGUCUAAGUUCUAAAACUCAUUGAGAUCGUUUUCGAAUAACUCUAUUGUGAUUGCA